CUGGCGCCCUCUGUCUGCCGCCAACCUUCCUUGCCGGCUGGUCGUGGUCACUGAGGUCCGUGCAUGAUCGCUGAGCGAAAUCCACAAGAAAGAUCGUAACUGGCCAAAUUUUUUCGUGUCUGACGUAUGUAAAUAGGCCUAAAUGCAUUAUUGUGUGCAUUUAAUGUUGCAUCACAACGAUCAGUUACUGAAGUUACUGUCGACCCUCGGAAACUGUGCAUGAUGAUGAUGUACGCAGGGUGCGCCGCGCCCUCUACAAUUAUAAUUACAAACACGCACAGAACAGAAGAACGAAAAUUAUUCAAGGUGGGCGGGGCAGACGACCGGCCGUAUAAGGUGGCUUGUCCACCUUCCUCCAUGGCCAGACCUAGUAUCAAUACCGUCAGCAAGUGCGUCAUUGACAUUGUCCGACUGUGACCACCGUGAGUGUGAACUUCAAGAACAAGGGUCAUCUGCUGAGUGCCGCGAUGCCCUUUAAACGAGAGGACAGAAUGGAACUGAAAAUCAUGCUGGAAGGAGAUGAAGGAGUGGGCAAAACCUGCCUCUCUAUCUCUUAUCACCAAGGCUUCUUUCCCCGUGGUUACAUCACCAUAAAUUUUGGCUACUGUUCAUUUGAAGCUUUACUUGCGGGGAAGACUUUCAAGCAUAUGAUUGCGGACGUAUCUUCAGGGGGAGAAGAUAUGGAUCGUCUGCGCCAUUUUAACUAUCCAGAAACCGACCUCUUUCUGAUGUGUUUUUCAGUGGAGCGCCGGUCUUCCUUUGAACACAUUGAAUCAAGAUGGCUGCCAGAGAUCCGUCACCACAUGCCCACAACUCCCAUCCUUCUUGUGGCCACAAAGAUAGACCUUCGUGGGAGUUCUCAGCAUAGUUGUGUCACAUUUGACGAGGGCUUGAAAUUGGCAAAGAAACACAAUUGGCCAUACAUAGAGACGAGUGCACUCCUUCACCGUAAUGAGAGAAAUCAGUUAUCCAUGUCAUGUUCUCCAGACGCCUUCAUUUGGUCCUAUCCUCUGAACCAUGAGGAAGUGGAUGUUUUCCACCUGUAUUUCUCUGUUCAUAGCAGAACUUCCCUGAUGAAUGUUGAAACGAGAUGGGUUCCAGAGAUCCGCCAUGCCAUGCCUGGGGUUCCAAUCCUCCUGGUCGCAAAAAACAUAGAUCCUCCUUGGAGUUCCAAUCGCACCCGUGUGGUUACAUAUGAGGAGGGCUUGAAGAUGGCUCAGAAACUCAACGUGGAAUACACUGAGAUGACAGGGCAGCUGAACUUAAAUGCGGAAGAAUGCUUCGAGAAAGCAGCUUACAUCGGUGAAGAAGUAAGGACACAAAACAUGCCAAAGAAGAAGAAAGGUUUCUUUGGUUUCAGAGAGAGAAAGCCCAAGCCCCGCCCACCUGAAGUACCCCCAGUAGAUGAAGCCCCUCGGAUUGAAAUCCAAACCUCAACCAUCGCAGACGACUUUGGCAAGGCAUUGGAACAGUCUGCUUUCUCUGACGUCGUCUUCAUCGUUGAAGGGAAGAGCAUCUUGGCUCACAAAGUGGUGCUAUGUAGUGCCUCCAACUUCUUCUGUUGUGUGUUUGGCCUGGACCCACCAGACCAGGAUACAGCCAGCCAUCCUUCCUUCUUGAACUUCACCCAGAAGGAUAUCAACCAGGGCAAGAUUACCGGUUUAGCUGGUAUCCUUGAUGAAGUGACCCCAGAGGGCAGUCUGCUUGAGACAGCAAAGACCCAGGUGACAAUCAGUGUAGACAUCUCUUACAAGACUUUCCGCUAUGUCUUGGAGUUUCUGUACACAGGCCUUCCCAGCAUCACAGAUGGGACCAGCACAGAGGACCUCAUGGCUUUACAGAAAGCAUCCAAUACAUUCUCCUUGCCUAUGCUGGACAGCAUCGUCAAGAACCUACAGAAUGAUGGAAAGUUCCUGAAUCCUAGCAUUGGAACCUACCUGAAUGACCAGACAGGACAGAGGGCCAAGUGGUUGUUCCUGAACAGACAGACAUUGUCUGAUAUCCGAUUCAAAGUUGAAGACACAACGGUCCAUGCUCACAAGGUGAUACUGACAUCUCGCUGUGGGUUUAUGAAUGGAAUGUUCAGCGGAGACUUCACUGAAAGCAGCCAAGAUGAGAUUAGAAUUGAAGACGUGAGUCUGGAGUGUUUCUUGGCCCUCCUGGAGUACCUGUACACUGACCACGCCCCUAUAGAGGAGGGUGAUGCCGUAGGGAUCCUUGUAGCUGCUGAUUGGUAUGGCCCAGAUCGACUGAGAAAUCUCUGUGAGCUGUACAUCUCCAAGGGGGUAGAUGUGACAGACAAACAUGUGGAUGUCAUUGGACUGUUGCAUACAGCCCAGAUAUACAAUGCCAGUCAGCUUGCCCAGUGGUGCCUUGAUCUCAUUUCCCGUAACUUUGUGGCCUUCCAGCAGCGGGCGGAGUUUAAGAAGCUGAAGGGGGAGAACCUGAAAUAUGUCACUGAGAACCGCUGGCCUCCUGUGAGCUACCUGGAGGAGCUGGAGAAAUACAAGGCUGAAUGGGGGAAGAAAGGGGACAGAGUAUGAAAAGGGAAAGUGGAAUAGUUUGAGUGAUGCAUAGUCUUUAAGAAGGUGCAAAUAAAUCUUCCUGCAUGUUGUGUAUGGAAAAAAUUCAGCCUACACCGCUAGUUUGUCGAACCAGAUAAGUUAAUAAUUAUAGAGUUAUAUAUUUUCAAUACUUUUGUGAGUGUGUGUUGUUAUAUAGUUUAAACAAACACUUGUCCUAUUGUGGAAGUUUAAUAUUUGUUACAUCUUGAAAACUAUAUAGUAGAAACGAUCAAUUUGUUUUAAUACAAGAAGUGCAAUGACUUUGUGUCUUUAUAUGCAUGGUGCCGUGCUGGUGCAGGAAGCAAGGGUAAUGCAUAUUAUAUAAUGUUAUGGUACAUGUAGAGGACAGAUGUUGAUGUAAAUGUGAAAGUACAAAUAUAAAAUCAUCCCGUCCCCCAAAAUGAUGUUAUACUGUGUCCCAGGUGUCAGUGCUUUCAAUUCCUCUAAAAUUAAAAAAAAAUAGCCCUGUGGAGAGGGCCGCCAAGCUUCCCUGUGCCCCCCCAUGGCCAGUUCUGGAUACCCCAUUAGUCUGUUGCUAUCUUAUGCGUAUUUACUUAUAUUUACAAAUAUUUACUUUUUGGAAAUUUGAGAGGGGGCCCUGCCACUAUAGCCUGGGCAGUUCAUACAGUUAACCAGCUGAGGGAAUAUUUAUGUCUUUAAAGGAUCCAUAGUAUGAAUUUUUCUUGGAAUCACUUUUGUGUAUCUCUGUAUACUUCUUAAAUGUAUGAGGACUGUUUGACCUUUUUUUUUUGAGAUACAUAAACUCAAAAGUGCACUUUUCCAAACUGAUUAUCUGGACAAGUGAGGGAGCUUUUCCUUUGAUGUAAAUCAAGGAAAGCACGGUUCAGUUUGCACAGUUCAUGUUCAAAUUGUGAACUCUAAACUUAAUAUGAAAAUGUUGUUUGCUUGCUUAUUGCCAUAUACUUACACAGCAAUAAAUUGCCAAAGGCAAAUCUACGACAGCAGUGUUUAAAACAAAUCUAGAAAUGUUCGGUGCCUUGGAUGACAUAGUUUGCUCAUGAAUAUGCAAACCAUUAGCAUAAAAACCUAAAAAGCUCCAAAAU